AUGAGCAAGCUCUACGACGUUAUUAUCGCCGGUGCAGGCCCUAUCGGGCUCUUUCUGGCCUGUGAGCUAGGACUGGCUCAUGCAUCUGUGCUGGUCCUAGAACGUGAUUCUAGACCUGGAUCGCCUUGGAAAGUCGACCCGUUGGGCUUUCGUGGCAUGAACUCGCCAUCACUUGAAAACUUCUACUGGCGGGGGCUUCUGAGCAAGCUCUUUGUCCCUGGGGAGCGUCCCUCAUCUUAUCAGAAAACUCCAGGUUUCCAGUUCGGUGGUCACUUCGCCGGUAUCCCUCUUGACGCCAACAGAUUGGACAUGGACCGUUGGAAAUAUCGCCUCCCAGGGCCGACCCUGGUGCCUGGCCCUACCACUAUCGACCGCGUCGAGGCGGUACUGACAGAGCGUGCUGAGCAAUUGGGUGUCACAAUUCUAAGGGGUCAUGGUGUUACGAAGAUAUUAGCACAUGACGACGACAGCGUGACGGUGGAAGCUGGAGAAAACCAAUCUUUUUGCGGCAAGUGGCUGGUGGGAUGUGACGGCGGACGAAGUGUGGUUCGCAGGUCUGCAGGAUUCGACUUUGUUGGAACGGAGCCUAAGUUCACUGGUUACGUGGCUCAGUGCGACUGGGACUACCCCGACAAGUUAAGACCGGGUUUCCACAUCACGAAUGCCGGACUGUAUAUUAUAAGAAACCCCGACACUCUUUACAUGACGGACUUCGACGGUGGCGCCUUCGACCGCACGCAAGACAUCGGGCAGGAGCACGUUCAAAGCGUCUUCCGCCGCAUAUCAGGAAUAACAGAUGUGAAGAUCACGAAGAUUCACCUCGUCUCAACGUUUACUGACCGGUGCAAGCAAGCAACAUGCUAUCGCAAGGGCCAUGUCCUCCUUGCCGGCGAUGCUGGGCAUAUCCACGGACCCCUUGGAGGCCAGGGCAUGAACCUUGGCUUGGGCGACGCUAUGAAUCUAGGCUGGAAGCUCGCCGCAACCGUGCGGCGAGAAUCGGGGUCUGAUGGUCCUCUAUCAGACCUGGCACUGCUCGACACGUACGAGAGCGAGCGUCACCCCGCAGGGGCCUGGGUGCUCCAGUGGACGCGAGCACAAGUUGUGGUGCUCCAGCCCGAUCUCUAUGGUGCGGCUGUCCAGGCGCUCAUUCGUGACCUAAUUGACACUUCUGACGGGACCAACUUGUUCAUCGGCCGCUUCUCGGGCCUGUCACAACGUUGCACUCUUGGUGAGGGAGAGGCGUAUGCCCACCCGCUUGUCGGCUGCAGCACUCCGGAUUUCGAGCUGCAUGAUGGUUCCAGGCUAGGAUCCAAACUGGAACAUGGUCGGGGACUUCUUGUUGAUUUUGAGGACGACGCAGCAUUCAAGCAACUGAUUGUCGAGGGGAAGUACAAGGCCAGAGUCGAACAUAUUGGCCUAGGCGCUAGGGACACGCGGGGGCUGCGUGCUUUGUUAGUUCGACCUGAUGGCGUUGUUGCUUGGGUGGUCGAUGACCAUAUGAAGCCAGAUGUGGACGCGGCCAAGGCGGCCCUGGAUCAGUGGUUUGGGUUCUAA